AUGAAGAUGCCGCCUCUCCAGACAAUCCUGGUUCUUUAUCUGAUGGGAAUAUUCUCAGGAGACCAUGUGACCUCCAGCUUGCCCCUCCAAAGGAGAGACCUCUUCCCUGUCAAAGAGUCGCCACUCGACAUGGCCCUCGCUUCCUUCGAUGACCAGUACAAGGGCUGCAUGGAAAUGAUGGCGGCCGAGCUGGAGGAGCUGAACCGCACGGAGUUCGCCAACAACCGGGUCUACGCCGAGGCCUGGAAAGAGGCGGCCUCCAAGUGGCACGAGAGGAAAGCCUCCCUCUUGCCCCCCGGCGGCCUCACGCCGGAGUACGGCAUCGCACUCAUGGCCUACACCAUCCAAGGGCGCUUCCACCGGGAUUUCAACGCUGCCGUCAGGGAAGCCGGGCGCACCAGAGACUAUUACCUCCAGCACUUCCCCUUCAAGGCCUUCCACUUCCUCCUGACCAGGGCCAUGCGUGGUCUGGAGGCCGACGCCAGGCCCAGGUGCAACAAAGUGUACCGCGGGGUCAGGGGAGUCCGCUUUGCCUCGCAACGCCUGAAGGAGGUCCGCUUUGGACAGUUCACUUCCUCCUCGCUGAAGAACGAGAGCGCUCUGCAGUUCGGGAAGGACACCUUCUUCACCAUUGAGACGUGCUUCGGUGUCAACAUCAAGAACUUCUCCUUCUUCCCCGGCGAGGAGGAAGUUCUGAUCCCACCCUUUGAGAAGUUCAAGGUCGUAAACUUCACCAAGGCGCCAGAGACAACCUUCAUCCACCUUCUCUCCCUGGAAGACUCCAGCACCUACAACUGUGCUUUUGUAAAAGGUGGAAGUGGGAGCCACUUGUCUACUAAUCGAGAAGCGCCCUUCCUUCUCUGGGGAUUCCUUCUCUUUGCUGGAGCCUUUGGGCCACCAGGACUCCUCUGA